UCAAAUUACUUGCUUUCCUAAUCCAAGUUCUUUUUUUUUUUACUAUCUUUCUUCGUCUUCUUUAUUAUUUUGUUGAAACUGUUUUAGUUUAUACGUAUGAUCUUACUAACAGAAAGCAACUUCUCUACUGUACAUAUCGAUUGUGAAGCGAUUCGCAGCAAGAAAAGAAGACGCAUUCAACAAUCCAUAUCAACUGAGCAUCUUUACAAUGGAACAACAGCAGGCGCAGUAUCGGCAGCCUUUUCACAAAACCACAACAAUAGCAUGUUAACGACAGAGGAGUUGACUGAUGCUAAUACCGGCAUGGAUUGUAACGAUAAUUUUUCAGCAGCAUUAAUAAGCCAGCGUUCAACAGAACUGGUAGCACCAGAUUUCAAUUGUGCGGCAGUUUUCAACAAUGAAAUUUUCCGUUUACAGUUGUCAAACUUACUGAAUACACAUAAAGCAGUAGUUCUCUUUUUUUACGAAUCUGAUUUUGCUGUUAAUGAUAUCUCUCUGAUCAGUCGACAUUAUGAGCGGUUACAACACUUGAAUUCAGUGCCAUUGGCGAUGUCGACAGAUACGGAAAUGGUGCAUGCAGCUUUUUUAAGGUCUUCGCUUACAUUUUCACCUCCAUUUCCACUAGUUGCCGAUACAACGCGUUCUGUAUCACGCCAUUUUAAUGUAAUUAAUCCUGAUUCCGGUUUGACACAAAGAUCAGCAUUUAUCAUUGAUCGGUCACGAAAAGUUCGCUUUUCUUUUGUUUUGGAAGAUAGUAGACUGUCACAUUCCAUAGAUACCAUUUGUAAUAUACUUCAGAGUUUUUAAUGCUUGUUAGCAGUCUCACGUAGUCUCGCAAAAUCUUGCAACAAAGGAUAGCACAACUGUCCUUUCUAUUAUUAUUAUUAUUAUUUUCAUCAUUAUUUAUGCAUACACAUAUAUUCAACAAUUGGCACUCAGUA